AUGUAUCAGCCACCCCAAAACAGUAUCCGUCUGCGUCAUGUCCCUGAUGUGAAGUUUGAGUUGAAGCAGAAGGAGGAGAUUGUGUACGGUCAGACAUAUGAGGUGGAGCUUGUCAUAGAGAAUAAGUGUGGAGAAAGUCGGGAAGUACUAGUCAACGCUAUCCUAGAGACCCAGACCCCUACUGGUAUCAGAGGCAGCACUGUGAAAGAGGAACAAGAUGUUAUCGUCCUCCCAGGAAAGGAAACUAAAAGCUUCAAGAUGUCAGUGCCUUUUGAGGAGUAUGAUAAAGAGACCCUCCAGUUUUGUAACUUCCAGGUGCAAUGUGACUGUGAGGUGAAGGAAACCAAACAAAUAUUCCUGGAGGAGGAUUCCUUCUGUAUGGACAAACUGGACCUGGAUGUCACGGGCCCGGAGACAUGUACAGCCGGCGAUUCCAUCACCAUAGAAGCAACCUUCGUCAACCCACUACCCAUCCCCCUGACCGAGUGCACACUGACUGUGGAGGGCGGCAAACAGAAGCCGCGCACUAUUCCCCUUUCCCAGAGUGUGGGACCCAGUGAUACAUUUAAGAAGUCAUUUACUAUGACUUUGUCACGGUCUGGUGAACGCACCGUCAUCGCUGUCUUUAAUUCAAAGGAGUUGGAGAGCAUCAGUGGAUCUGUGGAGAUUCAAGUAAAAGCUAAAUAAUUUAGUCCCAGCCCCUCAACAGUAGGUCAAGGCCAGACCAUCGAAGUUUCUCUGUUAAAGACAUGGAUACUGAGAUACACACUGCUGAUAUUUACCACAAUCUCUGUAAUACCAGACUGUACUAGAAUAGUGAAAUACACCAGCAACCUUAAUAUGUUUCAUUAUAAAACACUGUAGCUGUCUUAUGUGAUACGUUUUUAUUAUGUUAUGUUGUUUUGUCUUUAUAUCAUGUUGGAUAUUGUCCCUGUAUGAUGUUUAUUUGUCAUAACAUCGUGUGCUUUUAUCUUUACAUUAUCAAUUAUUGUAAUAUUUGGUCAGCUGUGAUAACUGCUUUUACUUACUUAAGUAGCUAGUACAUUAUAGGUGAUACACCUUUAUACACCUUUAAGUAAUGGUAAUUACAUUAUUUAGUCUUAAUUGUUCAAGUGUAAUCAAUUAACAAUUUUUACUACAAUAUUUUAUCAAAGAAAAUGGGUAAUAUGCUAUAUUUAUCUUUUGGAGUUUUUACUUUUUUUCAAUUUGUUGUUGUGCAGUUUUUAUUAAAUGAGUUUGUGAUGAUUUACAUCUGUAUAAAACCAUACCAGUAUGCCACGCAUUACUGUGAUACUAUUAUACACCUACACCAUGUACACAAGGUAGAUAACUCGUGCGGCGCUGUCUUGGUGGCAAGGGAAGUAACUCGUUAAUUGUUGUUACUUUACCGACAAGAGAAAUGAUAGCAUCAGUGUUUAUGAUCCAAUUCAAAACAAAUCAGGAAUGCAGUUUAAUUGUUUCUAGUGUCAUGUAAUUGCAAUUGUUGGUGCCAUACUUUUCAUUUAACAGAAAGUAAUGUCUUAGACAUUGUUUUCAUAUAGCUGUACAUCAGUUAAAACUAGAAUAUGAUAUAGUUUUAUAAUUGAGAAAUCUAACGACAGAUAUGUGCACCAUUGCUUAGAGCUGCAUCACAUACACACCAUAUUAUUAUCUAACUUAAGGCAUCUGUGUCCAUAACAGUGAAGAUAAUUUAAUGUGGGCUCCCUAUAUAAACAACAAUGUGGAAUUUGAAGCAUUUUCUUAGUAUUCAUUUCAAUUUCAACAAAUUUUAUUGUUAAAAAAAACAAAUGGAUUGGACAACAGGCAAGCCUAUAUAAGUCCUCUCCAGUUUUCACCACAAUAGUGACUACAUGGAUACUUCAAGAGCUCUUGAUACAUGGUAACCAUUGCUUUUGAUACAUGGUAACCAUUGCUCUUGAUACAUGGUAACCAUUGCUCUUGAUACUUGGUAACAAUUGCUCUUGAUACUUGGUAACCAUUGCUUUUGAUACAUGGUAACCAUGGCUCUUGAUACUUGGUAACCAUUGCUCUUGAUACUUGGUAACCAUUGCUCUUGAUACAUGGUAACCAUUGCUCUUGAUACAUGGUAACUUUUAUUAAUUUAAAAAAAAAAAAAAAAAAAAUACAUUGGUAUACAAUAUAGUUACAAUAUAUACAUAACAUGACAUAAAACAAACAUAUAUAUAAAGACACACUCACUCAUUCGUUAUCAUACAAAUAGCAAUACAAUUAUCAGAAAGGAAAGGUAGGAUUGUUGAAAACUUGUAUUAUAUUUUGAAUUUCUCUGUAAGGUAGCUGUCAGUGUGAGCGUAAUCAAUAUUUACAUUUACUCAAUAUAGCAAUUAUAUGUAUAAAUUGAUAAGUUACUUAUGGUAAAUCAGUCGUAAUUGCAAGUUUGGGUGUUUCAAAAAUAGUUUUGCCAUUUGGCCCAUUCUCUUUGAAACUGGUUUAGUAGCUUUCUCCCUUACUUCUAGCAAUGUAUUUUUGAGUUGUAUUUGUAUCUUUUAGUGAAUUUUUCGGGGCAAUAAUUCAGAGUUCAUUCUUGAGGCACCUUGAUCUAUAGAUAUAUUGUUUUAUUGUUAAUAUGAUCAUAUUAUUCGCUUUUCUGCUUAUUCCAUUCUGACGAUAUGUACCAAAAAGAAAAGAUUAAAUUCAAAUGGAAUGAACAACGAAUUCAAUAAAAAAAAAUACAAGUAAAAUUUGAACUUUUUCACAGUUCCAUAGCGUAUGCUCUAUCGUUUCAAUUUCUGUUUUACAAAUGUUACAAUAAGGACUGUCUACUAACCCAACUUUAAAUAAAUACUAAUUUGUUGUUAGAAUAUGGUGAUUAACCCUAAAUUGGAACCAUUGCAAUUUUGUAUUUUUUGUUACAGAAAAAGGGAGUUUAAAAAUCAUUUUCCAAUCUCCUUCAUCAAAUUCAAAUUGUUCAUCCCAUUUUAUUAUUCCGCUUGCAAUUAUAUCAUUUUUACUAAGCACAAUAUAAAAAAAUGUACCUUUCUGUUUUUAACAAAUAUUUGUAAUUUUCUUGGAAUAAAAGGGUCGUCUAUUUUUAGAUGGGUCAAGUUACACCGACUGCAAAGCUCCUUUAUAGCUGUAACAAUUCCAUGAUAUUGUAAGAAAUUUUCUCUAACACCAUAUAUUUCUCUUAAUUAAAAAACCCUGAAGAAGUUGUUGUUAUCCUUUUUUAAGUCAUUAACUACUACAACUCCAUUCCUAUAUACCAAUCAAAAAACACUAUUAUUAUGUAUUUUGAUUUUUUCGUUAAAUCAUAUAGGCAUGUCAGAGAUCUGUUUUGAAUCUGUAUUUUUUUCCUCUAGUACAGUAAGAUUUUUCCACGGAAGAAAGAAAUCUUUCCAGAAUAGAUUUUUACAGUUAAGGAAACAUAGUCUGAUCCACAAUUACAAGAAGGUUUUUAUCAAUAGUUGAAUUAAAAAUAAUUUGCCAUGUUCCUGUUGUUGAGAGUAAUCUCCUUAUCCAUGUUAGCUUUAAUGAGUCUAUAAAUGAUUUAAUAUGAAUCAUUUUGAGACGAACAUUAGAAAAGUUAUUAAUAAUUACAUCUCUUUUAAUUUUAUCAAUCUUACUAUUCCAGAGGAAGUUAUAAAUUUCUGUAUUUAUCUUUUUGACAAAUGUAUUUUGGUACACAAACUUACUGAUAUUCAAUUAUUAAACUAUUCUUGAUUGA